GUCAAAGGUCAUCAUAUGAUUUAAACCACACACAGUAACAGAGAGAUAGAGGCCUUUCUUUGAAGGCAUAUAGUCCUGUAGUAAUAUAGUCUCCUAAAGGGAUUCAGUUCAUACUGAAAGCGAAAGCUGCAUGACUAAAAGAGGAAUUACUCUAUGCUGACCUGGAGCAGAAUUGUGAAGUGGAAAUGGUGAAGCCAGACAGACGUAAGUGGAUCGCAAGAUGUCCUCAACAGGACUUCAAUGAAGCCAACACACUGAAGAGUCUUAAAGUGGACUGCCAUCCUCCGCUCUUGCUAAAUAUAGCCUUGGCACUGCAGCAUGUUAUGGUCCAUGCGUCUCUGUGUGCAUUGGUGGUUGGGGCAUUAGUGCCUCAGGCUGAGAAGGAAAAGACAGCUGCCUCUGUGUUCUUUUACUCUGGUGUUUCUACACUCCUUCAGACAUGUUUUGGAUCAUGUUUGCCAUUGAUCCAGGCUCCAUCGCUAGACUUCCUGGUUCCAGCUCUUGUCUUGCUUUGUGCACGGGCAGAGAGUCAUGCAGCCUGCAGGGGGCAGUGUGAUCAAUCAGAGCAGUUUGAGGUUCCGGCACACCAACUGAGAGAGUUGCAGGGCAUGGCUGUAGUAGCAGGACUGGUGCAGUUGUCAGCGGGUUUGUGUGGUGUGGGUGGAGCCAUGCUGACCCGAUGUGGUCCACUCGUCCUCGCUCCUGUGUGUUGCAUGCUGGGAUUCUCCAUCUACAGAGAGGCAGCUCUGCUCUGCUCAGACCACUGGGGCUUUGCUCUUCUGACUGUGGUUUUGCUGGUGUGUCUGUCUCAGCACCUGCGUUGUUGGACACUCUCUGCCCAUCUAAAGCUCCCGCUGUACCCUGCCAUCAGUAUGCUCUCAGUGUUGCUGUCUGUGCUGUUGGUGUGGGUUGUGUGUGCUGCUCUUCAACACUGCGGACGCAUCACUCCUCAUUCUGCAUCCGAACUGCUUUUCAAGGAUGAUUUAAAUGCAACCCCAUUUCAGGACUGGACGACUGCAAAUUCAUCUAACCUGCUUUCUCCAGAUCCAAAAGCAGCGUGGUUUAUCCUGCCAUUACCAGUAUGGCCGAUUUAUGUCUCCUUUCUACAUACAGGUCUUGGGCUCCCCCUCCUGUCUGGUGACAGUAUUGCAGCAGGAAUUGCAGCAGGGUUGUCGUCUUGUAUCAGCUCCCAGGCGGUGUAUGUGUUAACAGCCCGGCUCCUGAAAGCUCCCACCCCUCCCGCACAGGCGUGUAACAGGGGGGUGAGUGUAGAGGGGCUGAGCAGCGUGCUCGCCGGGCUGAUGGGGGUGCCGGUGGGGCUCUGCAGCAGUGUGCCCAAUGCUUGUAUGACCAGCCUUAGCCAGUGUGGCUCUCGGGCCACAGUGCAGCUCGCUGCUGUGAUGCUGAUGGUUCUGGGUCUGUUCCUACAACUAACUCAGCUGCUCACUUCAGUCCCUCUGGCUAUUCACGGUGCUGUGCUCAGUGUGACUUACACAGUGGCUGCGGCGACAGGAAUAACGUACCUCCAGUACACAGACGUGGACUCAGGGCGCAACAUUUUCAACACAGGCUUCACAGUGUUCAUGUCUUUAGUGCUUCCUCGCUGGUUCAGAAUGCAGUCUGGAUUUAUCUACACUGGUGUACACAGUCUUGAUAUAUUUUUGCAGUCUUGUCUGAUGCUGCCUGUGUUUUUAGUUAGCCUCUUGGCCUUUCUUCUAGACCACACAGUUUCAGGUACCCUGUCUGAGAGGGGGCUUGAACAAGAUCAGAGCACUAGGAAGAUACAAUCAUUAGCCGAUAAGCCACAAGAAAACAGCCAAAGCCUAGUGACUGUGUACGAUCCGCCACAACCCGUGAGGAAAGUGCUGGACUUGCCCGGUCUCCGUAACUUUCCUUUUUGUGCCUGCAGGAGUUUGGAGCUGGAAAAAAUCACAGUGGCGUCUGCAGAGAUGUCGAGCUUAUUACCUCAGUAGACUGAAAUACAGCAUGUUGCUGAUAAAGCUGAACUGCAUCAA